CGCGUUCACGUAUAAAAGUGUUCAGUGCCAUUUCAGUCUUUCAAUAUGCGAUUGUUGUCAUUCACCAUGAUUGCGUUAAAGUUUGCACUGUCGCUGCUUCUUGUGGCAUUCAGCGUAUAUGGGGAUGAAAGCGACGAAGCCACAGCCUGCGUGGCUUUAUUAGAAAAUUUCGGCGAAAGAUGCUGCGAAAGCGUAGCCACAUCACAGAGCUUCGGUGCAGAUAUGACGUCGUGUCUGGCGGAUGACUCUGAAGAAGUUACGUGCGACAACGUCAAAUGCAUACUGACCAAACAAGGUAUCAUGAAAGGCGACAACAUAGACGAAGACGCCGCUAGGAGGAGGUUCCAGCAGAUAAGCAAAGAUAACGGGGGCGAGAGGGAGAUGGCGGAGAGAAUAAUGCGGGAGUGCCUGGACGGCAAGUUCCUGGAGUACCCGCCAGAGGACGCCUGCCCAGCCGUCAAGUUAUUCACUUGCGCCUUUUUAAACGCACAACUGAGUUGCACGAAAUGGAAGUCAACAGACAAGUGCAACCAACUAGCGGAAAACGCCAAGAAAUGCAAAGAAUUGGUCGACGAAUACUGACUACCUACAAGAGAGUUACUUUCUGAAAACUUUUUCUUAAAAGCAAUUUUCAGAAAAUUACAAUUCAUGCCUUUAGUUAACAACUAACAAGAGGGCGCACCCCACGACAAAUCAUUGAAACAAACAUAUUAUAAGAAAUAAAUUUAUUUGUUCUGA